UCGGGUGCUCUGCGACGCCCCUCCACGUCUCCCCGGCCCCCUCCUCUCUGGGCUGCACGCACCAAGUCCCGCCGUUGCUCUUGCGGGGUUCACCCUCCGAGCCCCGCGCCGUCUCUCGCCGCUCCUCGUGCGGGGCUUUGCAUGCGCCUAAAAUCGGUGGCCCCCACCCUCAGUAGAAGGAAGAUAAAAAAAGCUGGAGCAAAGCUUAGCAGCUGGCGCGGAGAAGAGCACUGAGCAGGGCCUGAGUGGGAGAAACUGAAGGGGAGUUGGCACGCUUUGAUCGCCCUAGUUGAAUCACAUAGUAAUCACAUUAUGCCAGUUUUGUACGAGAGGCCGCUCAAGUACCACAGUGUGGCAAAUUGGUUCACAGCCCUGAAGCAUGGAAGACUGUCCCCCAUCCCCUUCCUCUCUUCUCCUAUGCAGGCUUUUCAGGAGUGCUGAAUAAACGUGCCAAUGCUGCAAAAUGGCCAAUGAGAACCACGGCAGCUCCAGGGAGGAAGCUGCUCUGAUGAGCCACUCUCCCGGCACCUCCCACCAAAACCAGCCAAGCUCCCCCAAACCCGCCCGUCUGGUGCAGGACUUGCCAGAUGAGCUGGUGCAGGCGGGCUGGGAGAAGUGCUGGAGCAAACGUGAGAAUCGCCCUUACUACUUCAACCGCUUCACCAACCAGUCCCUCUGGGAGAUGCCGUUGCUGGGGCAACAUGACGUCAUUUCCGACCCUCUGGGUCUGAAUGCUGCUCCAAUGCCCGCUGAAGGGGGAGCCAGUGAAGUCACCACUGCCGAAAGCAGGAUGUGGAAACGGAGGCUCUCUGAGGAGGGCCAGCCCAGUGGCAACAGUGCAAAAAAGCCCAAGAUGGAGGUACCAGGAAACCCCACAGCUCAGCCAGUCCCAAAUGUUUCCAGCACCCCCGGGACGCCACUGUUGAAGGUGUGGGGCGUCUCUCCUGAAGACCGGCAGACGGCUCUCUUACGGCCCACCGAAGUCUACUGGGACUUGGACAUUCAGACCAACGCAGUCAUUAAGCAGAGGGCCCCAUCCGAAGUGCUGACCCCACACCCUGAAGUGGAGCUGCUCCGAUCUCAGUUGAUGCUGAAGCUGCGGCAGCAUUACCGGGAGCUCUGCCAGCAGCGAGAGGGAAUUGAUCCUCCACGGGAGUCCUUCAACCGCUGGAUGCUCGAGCGAAAGGUGGUGGACAAAGGGACGGAUCCUUUGCUGCCGAGCAACUGCGAGCCUGUUGUAUCUCCUUCCAUGUUCCGAGAAAUCAUGAAUGACAUUCCCAUCAGAUUGUCCCGAAUCAAGUUCCGGGAAGAAGCCAAGCGGCUGCUCUUCAAAUAUGCCGAGGCUGCAAAGCGGCUCAUCGAAUCCAGGAGCGCCUCUCCGGACAGCAGGAAGGUGGUGAAGUGGAACGUAGAAGAUACCUUCAGCUGGCUGCGGCGGGAUCGCUCCGCCUCCAAGGAGGACUACAUGGACCGCCUGGAGCACUUGCGCAAGCAGUGCGGUCCCCACGUCUCUGCCGCAGCAAAAGACUCGGUGGAGGGCAUUUGCAGUAAGAUCUACCACAUCUCCUUGGAGUACGUCAAGCGCAUUCGUGAGAAGCACCUGGCCAUCCUAAAGGAACACAACAUAUCUGUCGAGGUAGAGGCUCCCGAUGCGCAGGACCGGCUCGUUUACUGCUAUCCGGUGCGGCUGGCCGUCCCUUCGCCCCCGCUGCCGAACGUGGAGAUGCACGUGGAGAACAGCCUGGUCUGCGUGCGCUACAAGGGCGAGAUGGUGAAAGUCAGCCGCAGCUACUUCAGCAAGUUGUGGCUGCUUUAUCGAUACAGUUGCAUUGACGACUCGGUCUUUGAGCGCUUCUUACCAAGGGUUUGGUGCCUUCUCCGCAGAUACCAGAUGAUGUUUGGCGUCGGGCUCUACGAAGGGACUGGCCUGCAGGGGGCUCUCCCGGUGCAUGUCUUCGAAGCCCUCCACAAGCUCUUUGGGGUGAGCUUCGAGUGCUUUGCCUCCCCCUUGAACUGUUACUUCAAGCAAUACUGCUCGGCCUUCCUGGACACGGACGGGUACUUUGGAUCAAGAGGGCCUUGCCUGGACUUCUUUCCCAUCAGCGGCUCGUUUCAGGCAAACCCCCCCUUCUGUGAGGAGCUGAUGGAUGCCAUGGUGUCUCACUUUGAGAAAUUGCUGGAGACGUCCAGCGAGCCCUUGUCGUUCAUUGUCUUCAUCCCUGAGUGGCGAGACCCCCCCACGCCAGCCCUGACUCGCAUGGAGCAGAGUCGCUUCAAGCGCCAGCAGCUCAUCCUCCCGGCCUUCGACCACGAAUACCGCAGCGGCUCCCAGCACGUAUGCAAAAAGGAGGAGAUGUACUACAAAGCGGUGCACAACACAGCAGUCCUGUUCCUGCAGAACAACGCGGGCUUUGCCAAGUGGGAGCCAACGCAGGAACGCCUGCAGGAGCUGGUCACCACCUACAAGCACUCGGGACGGACCCUGGCCGCCGCCACCUCUUCAGCUCCAGACAAGGAACAAGAGACAGUUCGGGAGCAGAGUACCAGCAGAGAGUCGACCCCUAAUUGAUCAGUAGCGGACUGACAGGCAGAGAGGGACAAUCAGAUUGUCCAAAGCAGGGAGGGGAACGGCUGACCUCAGCAUGCUGGACCGAGGGCUGGUAGUGACACGUUGGCCUCCCCUGUUGCCCUCGUGUCCCCCGGAUGAGCUGCAGAUCUCCUUGGGCUGUGCCCAGCAGGGCAGUGCCUCCUGCCCCACCAAGUCCCCUUUGGCCGAGGCGGGGGGGGACAGCUGGAGGCCCUGCGGAAGCGGGGCAGGGCUGCCGCCCUCGCAGCAGAAGGUGGGAAAAGCAGGUGGGAUGGUGCCCGUGCACAUCAGUAGUGUAAAUAUGUGUCCAUGUGGUGACUGCUCUUGUUGCCUCGUCCCAGUUCUUUCCAAGUGUGCCCGUUGCAUAUUUCCACUGGCGCCGUUUAUUGUCAGUUGCAGAGCAAAGGACUGUGUGUGUGUGGACAGAAGGUCUCGGCCGCCUUUUGUAGUUGUCUUGUUUCCACCUGAGGCUCCUGGCUUUCUAGGAGGGGUUUUGUUUUUUUUAAGGGUUUAAUUUAACUGUGCUAACCAUUUUAUGACUUAAGAGCAAAGGAAAGUCUAUUUUGGAUUUUGUUUCUAGUUCUUAGGAACAUUAAAACCAGCAUUACCGUG